AUGGGACUGUCAGGGUUUGUGGAGACUGGUGGGAAUAUGGGACUGUCAGAGUUUGUGGGGACUGGUGGGAAUAUGGGACUGUCAGGGUUUGUGGAGACUGGUGGGAAUAUGGGACUGUCAGGGUUUGUGGAGACUGGUGGGAAUAUGGGACUGUCAGGGUUUGUGGAGACUGGCGGGAAUAUGGGACUGUCAGGGUUUGUGGAGACUGGUGGGAAUAUGGGACUGUCAGGGUUUGUGGAGACUGGUGGGAAUAUGGGACUGUCAGGGUUUGUGGGGACUGGUGCGAAUAUGGGACUGUCAGGGUUUGUGGAGACUGGUGGGAAUAUGGGACUGUCAGGGUUUGUGGAGACUGGUGGGAAUAUGGGACUGUCAGGGUUUGUGGAGACUGGUGGGAAUAUGGGACUGUCAGGGUUUGUGGAGACUGGUGGGAAUAUGGGACUGUCAGGGUUUGUGGAGACUGGUGGGAAUAUGGGACUGUCAGGGUUUGUGGAGACUGGUGGGAAUAUGGGACUGUCAGGGUUUGUGGAGACUGGUGGGAAUAUGGGACUGUCAGGGUUUGUGGAGACUGGUGGGAAUAUGGGACUGUCAGGGUUUGUGGGGACUGGUGGGAAUAUGGGACUGUCAUGGUUUGUGGAGACUGGUGGGAAUAUGGGACUGUCAGGGUUUGUGGAGACUGGUGGGAAUAUGGGACUGUCAGGGUUUGUGGAGACUGGUGGGAAUAUGGGACUGUCAGGGUUUGUGGAGACUGCUGUUUCAUCGCUGUCGGUGAUCAGGCCUACUUCCAUCGUCACCACGCAGUCUUGGUUCUGCUCUGUUAUCACCUACAAGCUGCAGAUAAACACCUCUGUUAGUAGGCCUGGCUGUGGCCCUGCAGAUGGCAUGCCCACGCCACUGGUACUUUCAGAGGGGUUCCAACACCUCCUCCCUUCCUCUUUCCUCACAUACAGCAGUAUACUUUGUAUCCACCACAGCCAAGCUAAAUCCCUCUCUUCUCUUCUAGAAUCUGGACAAUCAGACAGCUCCAGUCAACAAGGAGACACAGACAUCAAGCCUCCGCCCAAUGGGCACCUGAGUUUCCAGGACUGCUUCGUCACCUCAGGAGUGUGGAACGUGGCUGAGCUCGUCAGGGUGUCACAGACUCCUGUAGCCACAGCGUCUGGUCCUAACUUCUCCCUGGCUGACCUGGAGAGUCCUGGCUACUACAACAUCAACCAGGUGGCUCUGGGGCGACGCUCCCUCGCAUCCCCCCCUUCCACCAGGUACAUGUCUGAGGUCGAGCUGUACGCAAACCUUCCACGGAGCUCUAACAAGAGGAAGUCGUUAGACGACAGUGAGCUGGAGAGCCCCACAGACGACGUCUUCUACCCCGGACGCUCCCCAGCCGCAGGCUCCUCCCAGUCCAGCGGCUGGCCCAACGACAUGGAUGCAGUGCAGCACCAUUUGGCCAGUGUGCAGGAGAGGAAGAUAAAACAUGAACACGAUGGAGUGCAGUUUCCUUACCAUGGACUGUCCUCGCCUGGUUCUCUUAAGAAGCCGGGGAAGUUUGAUUUCAACGCCCUGUCGCCCCAGACGAGGUCCCCCCGCAUGACGUUCACACACCACCCGCUGCCCGUGCUGGCAGGAGUGAGACCAGGGAGUCCCCGUGCCUCAGCGUCAGCUCUCCACUUCCCCUCCUCCUCCAUCAUCCAGCAGUCCAGUCCCUACUUCACUCACCCCACCAUCCGCUACCACCACCACCAGGACCCGCUCAAGGAGUUUGUCCAGUUCGUCUGCGCCGACGGCUCGGGGCAGUCCGGGGGACAGCCUAACGGAGGUGGUCACAGCCAGAGCAAAAUGCCAGGCUCCUUCCUGCUGCCCCCGCCGCCCCCAGUGGCGCGCCCCGUGCCCCUCCCCAUGCCCGAUUCUAAACCAAUCAACACACCCCCCGACGGCGGCGGACUCAGCUCGCCCGCAUCUCCGUCAUACUCCACGCCAGGCUCCACAGCUCCCAACAGGUUUGUCAGCAUCGGAGCACGGGACAACUUUCUGAACAUCCCCCAGCAGUCUCAGUCUUGGUUCCUCUGACAAGGCCUCCGAAUCAACCGCUAGAAUUGUGUCAUGAGAAAAUUGGGAAUGGAAAAACAACACAACACACAAAACAAACCAACACUGACUACAAACAAACUGCUGACACUAAAGUAUUUUUGCUCACCAACCAACAACACAAAAACAGAAAAUAACCCCCUAGAAGAAUACCCAUUUCCACCAUUUGAACAUUUGAACCGGAACAACCAUCUCCCUAUACAGAAGGCUGAAAAGAGAUCGGUUGAAGUGGACAGACUCAGAACGAACGACAGAACGAGGAAGAAGAGGAGGAAGAAAGAUGAGGAAAUGUCACACACAAAACAUGUCAGAAAGCAAACAAAAAUAUGCAACCUGACAACUGACCAAUUUCGUUUUAUUGUUGUUUUUAUAUUUUAUUUUCACAAUGAAACUCCAUGCAAUGGCUGGGAGAUCCACCCACACACAACAGUGUAAAACAAAGACCACAAAAAACAUAGUUGGCAGAAUUUGGUAAUUUGAGCUAUAGCUAUAAACAUUGUCACCACCCAAAAUAACCCAUUCUGUAAUCCUUCAGUCUCUCCUCCUGACGGUGCUUUAUGUCCCUGCUCCCUCUCUCAUCUGUCAACCAGCUGUCCAGGGUUGCCCCGGCAACACCCACAGCCUCACACAACCACAUCCGACUGGCCUCACUGCCGCUUGAUUUGCUCAGCCCUGAAUCCCCUCCCUCCUCCCUUCUUCUGAUUGGCCAAACACUAGGACACCAUC